AUGGGUGAAACCGUCCAAAUGGGUGGCAAGCCAACUGCAGUCCCACUUUCUAAUUCAGAGCAGUUCUUCAUGAAAAAUGCACAUGAUGAAGAGUAUCUGAUUCAAGUAUCUUGGCCGCUGCACUGGCAAGAUGGUCCUCCCUCUGAUUGCCGGUCAUUCCCUAUCAUAUACAUUGUCGACGGAAAUGCGUUAUUCUUAACUGCGACCGAGGCUGCCUGGCGUCGUGCAGCCUCAUCUCAUUUUGCGGGCGGUGGUAUCAUCGUGGCCAUCGGAUAUCCCAUGAACGGGAAAUUAUAUGACGCGCGACGACGCAGCCGCGAUUUGACUCCACCAACGGCCGCUUCAAUUCCCGGGUACGGGGGUGCGGACGUCUUCCUGGAUUUUAUCGAGAAAUCUAUUCGACCCGCGGUCAAGGCUCGAUUUCCGAGGAUCUCCAUUGACAGAGAAGCACUUUACGGCCAUUCAUAUGGAGGGUUGUUCGCCCUCCACGCAUUAUUUACACGCCCCAGUUCGUUCGAUUUUUAUGUCGCCAGCAGUCCUUCAAUUUGGUGGAAUAGCCGGUGUAUUCUACACGAGGCAAAGGGCUUUCUUGAGAAGGAUGCGGCUCCGCACGAAAGGCUGUCGCCCUCACUAAUGGUGUCUUGGGGAUCCUUCGAGCAAAACCCCCCUCAGUGGGCCAAUGAACCUCUGGACCACUAUGAAGCAAGGAAGCAGAUUGCCGCGGAUUUGAGAAUGGCUGGCAAUGCUCUCGAUCUUUGCCGCAUGCUACGAGGCUGUAAACAGCUUCAUGCUGUCUCAGUGAACGAGUAUGAAGGUGAAGAACACACGAGCGUGAUGUCGUGUUCGAUGAGUCGGGGUUUGACCACGUUCUUUGAAGAUUGGCCGCUUCAUCAGUCAUGA